AUGCUUGUCAUCCCAACCAUUCAUUGGGGACGCUGGCAGUCACUCACAGUUGGGGUGCUGACAGAAGGCAAAACUCAGAAGACAUCAAACUAUACUGUCAUUCAUGGCCCGACGGUAUCUGAUCCAGUCCGUCCAGGAGACUCUGUGACUCUCCAGUGUUCAGUCCUCUCUGAAUCUGAGAAUGAGACGUGUCCAGGAGAUCACAGUGUGUACUGGUUCAGAGCCGGAUCAGAUCAUUCUCAUCCAGACAUCAUCUACACCGAUGGAAAUGGAAAUAAUGAAUGUGACAAGAGGUCUGACUCUCAGAGAAGCUGUGUUUAUCGCUUCUCUAAGAAUGUCAGCUCCUCUGAUGAUGGGACUUACUACUGUGCUGUGGCCACAUGUGGGAAGAUAUUAUUGGGAGCUGGAACAAAAUCACAAAUCGAGCGGACAGAAAAUUCUGAAUUUAUUGCACUGGUGAUAGCAAUUGUCUGCUUGGUCAUUUCUGUGAUUGGAAAUGUUGUUUUCAUCUGUUUCAUCUGUUAUCGAACUCCAAGGGCAGUAUGUGAACAAUUUAAAGGAGUAGAAAGUGCCACUUCGCAAGCAAAAUGUGAGAACUUGAGCCAACCACUAAAUAAUAUUACUGAAGGUGGAGAUGAUCUGAACUAUGCUGCGUUGCAUUUAUCUGGAAGGAAAGCUACAAGAGGAAGGAAGAAAGAGUUGAAGACUGAUGAAAGUGUAUACUCUCAAGUUAAAUGCUAAAUGCUAA